AUGGGAAAGGCAGCUCAGCACCUACUUGGCUUGACUGACCACCUGCACCGAACCUGGGCCAUAGAUGGGAAAGGCAGCUCAGCACCUACUUGGCUUGAUGGACCACCUGCACCGAACCUGGGCCAUAGACGGGGAAGGCAGCUCAGCACCUACUUGCAAUUACACUGUUUUAAAUUUUUUUCACGGAAUUUUACAUUUUUACAUGUAGGCCGUGCUUGGACAGUGAGUGUUGCUCUUCCAGGAUCAAUCUUAGAAAAUGCACAAUCACCAGAGCUGAGAACGUACCUUGCAGGCCAGAUUGCCAGAGCCAUGGUUGUGUUCUGUGUAGAUGAAAUCGUUAUCUUUGAUGAGUCAGGGAUGCCCUCAGAGAACACAGAUGGAAACUUUGAUGGCAUUGGCAAGAAAGGAAACCCCAAUGUGCAGCUGGCAAGAAUCUUGCAGUUCCUAGAGUGUCCACAGUAUUUGAGGAAGAACUUCUUUCCGAUGCAUAAUGACUUAAAGUUUGCAGGACUGCUCAACCCUCUAGACUGCCCCCAUCAUUUACGCAUCGAUGAAGCUUGUCCAUACAGAGAAGGUGUGGUCCUAGACCGGGCUGUGGGCCAAGGAAAGGGCUCAAUCGUUAAUGUGGGUCUUCUGAAGGAGGUACGGAUAGACAGACAGCUACAGCCAGGAUUGAGGGUUACUGUCGAGAUGGCAGAUACCGACCAUAUCAACUCAGAAAGAAAAACAUUACGAGGUACCGUGGUCUCACCUGCGGCACCCUGCACAGAGGCUGGCCUGUACUGGGGAUACUCUGUUAGGCUUGCAUCAGGCCUUGGGGCUGUAUUCUCUCAGAGUCCCUACAAAGAUGGGUAUGAUGUCACACUGGGAACGUCAGAGAGGGGCACAGAUGUAGACCAGUUACAGCUUUCUGCUUUCAGGCAUUUAUUGAUAGUCUUUGGUGGUCUCAAAGGCCUCGAGUACAGUCUGGAUGCAGAUGAACGACUUAAGAUCACAGACCCUAAGCUUUUGUUUGACCACUACAUCAACACCUGCCCCACCCAGGGGAGCAGAACAAUCAGAACAGAGGAGGCCAUUCUCAUCUCGCUAUCCUCUCUAAGGUCAAAGGUCAACCAAGUGGCAUCCCAUACCAAUCAAACUUGAGAAAUGUAUUGUCCCUGACCCACAAACUGAUACUCCCUGCAUUGUAAUGCAUUAAUAUCAGUGUGCAGGGUGUCAUUAAUAGUGUCAGGUGAUAUUUAGUUAACUGCAAUAUUGUCUACAAUAUCCACAUGAACUUAACUUUAGGGAGCAUGACCAUAGGGACCGUUUUGGGUUUGUAAUGUAUGGCUUUGAAAGUGUUUUUGGAAACAUUUUACUGAUUCUGCACCAGCCUUCCCUCUCAAUAGCAAGUGUUUAUAUAGAACGUCUCAAUUUAAUGCCUCCUUCAAUGGACCAUAAUCAUGUUGAGGCCAUCUUGAUUUUUCCCAUUCAAAUUAAUGCAACCAAAGCGAGGCUGGAAGGAAAAAUAGUUCGGUUCUUUUUUUACACAAAAAAACAUUAUUAUUCAUUACUGUUAUUGGAUACAGGAAACAUGACUAAAAUGGUGGCAGCAUGAUAAAGGUCUAUUGUUUUACAAUGUGAAAUCGUUGCCUUCUUUUCACAAAUACUGUAUCUUCCUAUAGUUAGAUGGGCAAAUUCAAUCUGUAUGUAAUGCUUACAGCAGCUACUGGUAAGAGUAAAAAAAAACACCUGAGUUAAACUUUUAAAAAGUUAAUAACCAUAGUCUUCAGAAAAAAAACAGGGAUAACUUUUAACACCAAAAAGAUGAGCUAAAUCUUUAGCAAAAGCAAAAUGAAGUUGUUAAUUGUUUGUUCAAUAAAAAAAUGUUCACUGUCAGUGGGUAAUAAGUAAUAAAUGCAAUCCAUUCACAUACUCUGGGUUUAAUAA